CAAUUUUCUGCCACGCGCAGCUCAAUCACUCUCCAAUCUCACUCUCUCUCCAAGUGCAAUAUCAACUUUAUUAUUGUCCAUUCUCCCAUUCCACUUCUCUUAUCUUCUUCAAAUCAUACAAAAUUUUUUACAGGACGAAUUCAUGAUCUGCUAAUCCUGCGUUUUUGUCAUUAUUGGUAAUCUGAAUAUUGUUUGACAAAAUAAUGUCUUCUCCUAGCAAGAGGCGAGAUAUGGAUGUUAUGAAACUAAUGAUGAGUGACUACUCAGUGGAGACAAUAAAUGAUGGAAUCAGUGAGUUCAACGUGGAAUUUCAUGGUCCAAAAGAAAGCCUCUAUGAAGGUGGAGUCUGGAAAGUACGGGUUGAAUUGCCAGAUGCCUAUCCUUACAAAUCUCCUUCCAUUGGGUUUCUUAACAAAAUUUUCCACCCAAAUGUUGAUGAGCUGUCUGGUUCGGUAUGCUUGGAUGUCAUUAACCAGUCAUGGAGUCCAAUGUUUGAUCUCUUAAAUGUAUUCGAGGUCUUCCUUCCUCAGCUAUUACUUUACCCGAAUCCAUCAGACCCACUGAACGGUGAUGCAGCAUCCCUGAUGAUGAAGGAUAAGGAACAGUAUGAACAAAAGGUUAAAGAGUACUGUGAACGUUAUGCAAAAAAGGAACACAUUGUCAACGACCCAACGGAUGGAAGCGAUGAAGAACUAAGCGAUGAGGAUUUUAGUGAUGGACGGAGUGAUAGUGACGAUGAUGUUGCGGGACAUGCAGAUCCUUAGGCAAACAGAGGAUCCUUAAAACCUUAACAGUGUUGUUCACAUUAGCCGUUCAUUCUUUAAUGUUCUGUGUGUUAUUAAGUUUCACUUGCAUGCAAUAUAGAAGCAGAAAGGAAAAAUUUAAGGACAGUAUAUUUUAUAAAUUGAGUGCAUACUGAAUUUGUAGUCAAUAUAUUAUUCAUUCUAGUAAGUGCAACAAUUGAUGAAUGCUA